CCGUUCAACGAUGGUUCAUAGACUCCACAUUGACCCUAUAGCUCUGGUCUGGUUAGCCACUGACUUCCUCUUCAACGCUGCCGUCUUCUCUCUCUCUCUCUUCAUUUUUUCAAUCUCCCGAAUCACUGUCUUCUCCAUUCCUCUCCCAUGGUGAGCAAUUAGCCAGCACCAUUGCUCUCCCCUCGAAGCAACCUGCAAUGUUGAAUCUAUCCUCAUUAUCUCACCGCAUUUUCAUCUCCAUUUUCCUCCUCCUCUGCUCCGCGCGCCUGCUUCCGUCCACCGCCCUCCCUCUCUCCGACUCCGAUCAGCCACUCCUCGCCAACGCUACUCUCCAGUCCAAUAACGUGUCCACUCCCAGGAAUAAGGAAGGUAGUUUUGCUGACAUCAUUGAUCGUGCUUUGGAGAAUGAGUUCAAGGAGAAUGACCAGAAUGAAGCAAUUGAUGCAGGAAGCUUCAACAACAGCGUAGCAGAGCAGCAGGCAGUUCUGGAGACUGUAGCAAGGGUAAAGUCAAAGAAAAAUGAUACGAAAGAGGAAAAGUCAUUUAAUGUUUUCAAUCUGGACAGCGACAAUAGAGCUGAAGAUACUCCUACAUUGAUUGAUCGAAAGGACAACGUCUUUAUCAUAUCUAACUUUAAAUCUAAAUAUCCGGUGCUGCAGCUAGACUUAAGAUUGAUCUCAGAUUUGGUAAUCGUUAUUGUCUCUGCAACUUGUGGUGGCAUUGCCUUCGCCUGUGCUGGACAACCAGUUAUAACUGGAUACCUGCUAGCAGGAUCUAUUAUUGGACCUGGAGGAUUUAACUUUGUCAGUGAAAUGGUGCAAGUUGAAACAGUAGCUCAGUUUGGUGUAAUUUUUCUUCUUUUUGCACUAGGUCUGGAGUUUUCAACAACUAAGCUCCGAGUUGUUCGUGCAGUUGCUGUUCUUGGUGGCCUGCUCCAAAUUUUCCUAUUUAUGUGCCUCAGUGGGAUCAUAGCUUCGUCAUGUGGUGGGAGUGCUUCUGAAGGAGUUUUUGUUGGAGCAUUCCUAUCUAUGUCCUCAACAGCAGUGGUGCUGAAGUUUUUGAUGGAAAAGAACUCAUCAAAUGCUCUUCAUGGACAAGUCACGAUUGGUACCCUUAUCUUGCAGGACUGUGCCGUUGGGUUAUUGUUUGCUUUGCUUCCUGUACUGGGUGGGAAUUCUGGUAUUCUCCAAGGAGUGAUGUCCAUGGGUAAAGUGUUGGUGAUCUUGGUAACCUUUUUGGUUGUGUUGUCAAUUCUAUCCCGUACAUGUAUUCCUUGGCUUCUAAAGUUGAUGAUAAGCCUUUCUUCACAGACCAAUGAACUCUAUCAAUUAGCUUCAGUGGCAUUCUGCUUGCUUGUAGCGUGGUGUAGUGAUAAGUUGGGGCUAAGUCUAGAAUUGGGCUCCUUUGCUGCUGGAGUGAUGAUAUCAACAACUGAUCUUGCUCAACAUACACUUGAACAAAUAGAGCCUAUUCGGAACUUCUUUGCAGCCCUUUUUCUUGCUAGUAUUGGAAUGUUGAUCCAUGUUCAGUUUUUGUGGAACCAUGUUGAUAUAUUGCUGGCAGCUGUUAUACUGGUGAUAAUUGUGAAAACAGUUGUAAUUAGCACGGUAGUGAAGGGAUUCGGUUACAACAACAGGACAGCAGUUCUUGUUGGAAUGUCUCUGGCUCAGAUAGGGGAAUUUGCUUUUGUUCUUCUCAGCCGUGCAUCUAAUCUUCAUUUAGUUGAGGGGAAAUUGUAUCUGCUGCUUAUUGGGACCACAGCUCUUAGCCUGGUGACAACUCCUCUUCUUUUCAAGCUGAUUCCUGCUGUAGUGCAUUUAGGCGUGCUAUUGCGGUGGUUCUCCCCAGACAGUCUCGUUGAGAUUGGAUUUAAAGGAGAUAUCAUCCGCUCAGAUAGUGUAAAGCAGCGUGUUAUGUUGAUAGUCCAGGGACCUCAUGAUUCAUGACAGUCAUUGAAUGUCAACCAAAAAUUGAGAUAUUGUUUUCUGCUCGAGGAGUCAAAUUCUGGCCAGCUUAUCCCCACGUGCAAGUGAAGUCGAUUGAAUCACUCUGUAUAUUUAUUCAUGUUUUUCUAUCAUAUAAAGCGUGUCCAGAAUCAUUUUUUGUUACACUUAACUGACCAUUAGAUUGGAAAAAUCAGAUAGGGUAUAAGAGAUGAAGUGACCAGUGAGGUGCCAGUACAAUGGAGGAACUAUUGUAAUUGUCUUCACUAUGAUUCGAUUCUUUGUAAAAUGUAUUAUAGUUUGGAUACUACAAUGGACUUUGUACCGCACAAAAUAACUAUUUCCUUUUUUGCAGUGUAAA